ACGAUGAGGCAGCCGGGCAGUGUUUAAGCGGUGUGGCGGGCGGGAGUGACGUCACGGCCGGGCGCUCCGGAAGCGACCCGGAGGCGCUCGCCGGUAGAGGAGUCCUGGCUCCCUGGACCGACGACAUCGUUUAUUGCAACCUAACGCGCCAAUUGAAACGCGUGUCCGCUGCUCGCCCACUCGAGCGAUGCUCGCGCCGAAUCACGACAAUUUCGACUUCUAAUAAUAUGUGCAAUUUUGCGUCUCAUAAACUACAUUACGUUUUAUGAAUAUUUUUUAAAGUUUUUAAUGGUGUAAAAAUGUAUAGUAUCUGUUUGUUUGUUAUAGCUUUUGUGUUACUUAAAAGUUUAAACGCUCAGGAUGUUAUUACAGUGGAUGCUGUAUUAGGACACAGUGCUGAGCUGCCGUGUAAUGUGACUUCCGAGAAGGAAGAUGACAAGCUUAAUAUUUUAGCAUGGUAUCGAAACACUUCUACAACGGCUUUUUACAGCAGUCGCGAUUUACGUGGUGAUGGCAGUGUGAUGUCCUCGGGCGGUCGGUACCAGUUGGUGACUGCUGAGAGCGAGGGUCUGGAUAAGUUACAGAUUCUGAGCGUGCGCGCCUCCGACGCGGGUCUCUAUCACUGCCACGCCGAUUUUACUGGUAGUCCGACACUCAAGACCUACUCACAAUUAAAUGUUAUUGAGCCACCACAAAGAUUGUGGGUGAUACAUGAGAAUGGAACACGCGUGACUACUGCCAACGUUGGAUCCAACACAAGCAGAAAUAUUGGCCCGUAUUACGUUGGUGACACGGUGCACCUUUUUUGUGUCGCAUUUGGAGGUAAACCACAACCUUCUUUGUCUUGGUGGACGGAACAACGCUUGCUCAAAGAUACCUCGACGCCACUCUCUGAGCAGCGCGUGCGCAGUGACCUUAUAUACGGUCCUCUACGAAGAGAAGACCACGGCAGAGUGCUCACUUGCUUUGCUAAUAAUAAUGAAAAGACGCCUCCACUUUCCAUUGAUGUCAUAAUCGAUAUGUACUUACCCCCGCAGCUGGUGUCGGUGCGCGUGGCGGAGGCGAGCGCCGAGGCGGGCGCGAGUGUGGGCGCGGGCCGAGUGCGAGCGGGUGCACCACUGUCGCUGCAAUGCCGCGUACUGGGCUCGCGACCUCUGCCCGCAAUCGUGUGGAGACUGAACGACGCGCAACUCGUUAACUUGGAGCAGAACACUACAAUCGAGGCUUCACAACGACUGGUGGUCAGUGAGAUCCAGCUGAGUGUGACGGCCGAGCACGACGAGUCGCACGUGUCGUGCUGCGCGCCCGCGCACCGACGCGGCGCCGAGCAAUUCGUGUGUGCGGCCGCGCUACCUCUGACCGUGCUCUAUCCACCGGUUUUACAAAUCACCGUUGAAGAAGAGAUAGAAAACAAUACGAUAUCAGUAGUCAAGGGAUCGAAUGUGUCUAUGAACUGCAGUUAUCAUGCAAAUCCGUCUGUGUAUCAACUGAUUUGGUUCCAUGAGGACGACAUAGUAGUUCAGAAUACAGAUCAAACUGAAACGUCAAUCCUGCCGACGUUGAGCCUGUCGGCGGUGAGCGCGAGUGACGCGGGCGAGUACGUGUGCGCCGCCACCAACGACGAGGGCUCCGCCUACAGCCAGCCCGUCGUUAUCGACGUCACUUAUCCACCAUAUUGUGAAGACGAAAGUGUAAUAGAAUAUGGGAUUGGCGACAACGAAUGUCUUAACUUGACAUGUAAAAUUAAAGCUAACCCAGAACCAACGACCUAUUACUGGCUGCUGGUGAGCGAAGUAGAGGGCACCAAGCUGAGAAGCAACCAAUCUGUAACAUUAGAAACACCCGAUCCAAACUUAGUAUACAGAAGACCAAACGGAACAACGACUCUAAUAUAUUGCUGGGGCCUAAAUGGAGUGAUCUCGAACGAGCUGCAGCAGCACAGGUGUACGUUUAUGGUCACGGAUGAAACCGUACCACGACCACCAUCCGAUUGCACGGCUUUUAAGAACCUUUUGGGUGAAAUCACGGUAACUUGUGAGGAGGGUCAUGACGGAGGGUUGCAACAGAAAUUCAAAUUCACAGUGAAUUCUUUGGAUACUGAUGACCAACUCGUAUCGAUCAUCAACCAAGAACCGAAGUUUAUGAUACAAGCACCAAAGCAAGAUAACUAUAAGUUUGUGAUCAUUGCAUUUAAUGACAAAGGAGAAAGUCAGAGUGUUGAAAUCGACACGGACAGUAUAGUCGAUGAAAAUGCAGUGUCCCCGGAGACGAUCAGCGCGGUGACGAACAUCACGACGCUGGCCCUGGCGCUGUGCGGCGGCGUGGCGCUGCUGGCGCUGGCGGCGUGCGGCCUCGUGCUGUGCGCGCACGAGAGGGACGCUCCGCGCGCCGCCGCCGACCCGCCGCUGUGCGCCUACAACACAGACGAAUCAAACUGUGAAACAUAUCACGACAGUGACGACGGCAGCGAGUGCAAUGUGCGACGCACGGAAUCCUUCAGAAGAGCCAUGGCCAAAUAUCCUCCGAGGAAUUACGACGUUCAGAGAACGAGUUCGUUCCACUCGGCGCGGUACUUGCACGACCACGACGCGCCGAAGUAUAACGACAUAGUGCGACACAGCGGCAACUGCAGGGUGCACUCGCUGCAGAACAUCAGUAGAAAAAGGGAAAUGGACGUCCUAUGUGACCACUUGGUAAUGCAUCUACCGCCCGAAACCAACUACAAUGUGCCAAAACCGAUGAACACAUUUUACACGAUGCCACGUAAGAUGCGUCACAAGGCCGCCAAGGAAAUAAGCGACGAAACGUCAGAAAUAACUCAAGCCUCCGACGGAUUUUCCCUCCCACCUCCGCCAGACGAGUUCGGUACCUACCGGGCAGCGACGAAGAUCAGAGACAUGCCCACUAAGUCAACACCAACAUACACAACAAUCGUACGGCACAACUCGACGGGAAAAGAUCCAACUAAGUACAACAACGUCAUUAUCUCUCCGAUGAAUACAGUGGGUUUGCCUAGUAUUAGCGGAACACAGAAUAGCGUAUACACAUACCCAGAAGACGAUCAGGUAACUACGAAUCCAUUUGGUGAUACACCGUAGUGAGUGGGGGUGGGGGUACACCACAGUAAAUACUUAGCAUUUAUAUAUAAUUUACUUCUUUGUUUCAAAGGACUUGCAUAAUUUUGGACUAAUUGAAAGUAAAUAUACAUAUAUUUAAUUUUUUUUUUUUAAAUAAAUUUUCCAUUUUGGAACGGACGGGCGUUGAAAUAAUACUAUAGAUUGCAUUGGAUGA